CAGAAUUUAAUUUUCAAUAUUGAGUUCACGUGUUAUGCGAGUCCGGAUCGUUUUCGUUUGUACUAGUUUUCUCGGCUAGAUAGCUGGUUUCUUUUGACACUAGUUAUCUCUAUAACUACAUAUAUAGCUUGUUGACAGAGUCAUAGUUGGGUUUAGAAUGCGGCUCGAGGUAGAAGUCCAGUGAGAAAACUUAACUAAAGAAUAUUUUAUAUGCAUACAAUUUUAUUCGUGAUCUCUCCGUUGUGCAUAGUUGAUUUUAUUAAAGUUGCCAUAAGACAAUUUUUUGCAGCAGCUAUUAUUGGUUUUGAGGUUUCCUUUAUAAGUGUAGCAACGAUUCGUACUGUUCUAGUGUGAUUAAUCUUGAGUGUUUUUACGUGAUCAAUAGAAGUUAUAAUACAAUUACGUACAUCUCUUGGCUUGCGUAUAAUCAAAAUUUCUGGAAACGAAUAAUUAAUUGACAGUCGUUGCGAAACGACGAAGCGGAGCGAUCAAAAACGCGUUAAAUCAACGGACAAUCGGAACAGAGUGAAAUCGAUAAAAUUUACAUCUAGUUUUUAGCUCGCCUGGAAAAUUGUGAUACAAGUUCACGCUUCGUCAUACAGAUAGGAUUGGUUUUUUUUUGACAGACGCUUUACCAACAUGAGUCAUCGAAAAAUGACUUCUUGAAAUUAGGAUGGCAAAAAGUACUAGCGUUAGUACCAGUACGUGAUGUAGAUGUAGACUUAGGCCAAAACCUGACCUUGGCUUGUGCCGAGAAAGAUGCACUUGUAUCAACGGGUCAGUCCUCGGGGGUGAUGUGGGUUCGUGAAGGCCGGGAAGAUGGUCAAGUUCAGAGAGUAAAAGUCGAACUUGAUGGAUCCUUUGAAUUGGUCAAUGUAAGCAGGGAUGAUGCAGGGAACUACUCCUGCACUUUAGACAAUGAUGCAGAUGCUGUUAAGACCAGGAUCAACGUACGUGUCAGAACACCACCUCCGGCUUUGCACAACGUAUGGGUGAAGCCAUCAACGAUUUUGGCAAAUAUUUUAUGGGAAGUAGCCGGGACGGGCGGCUAUCCUAUUAUAGAUUUUACUGCCGAGUAUCGUCUAAAACCGAGUGCGGAUGAGGAACCCGAAGACUGGAAGCCCAUCAUUCCAACGCAUAUUCCUCCAAAUUCUAGGCAAAUAGAUGUAUAUCACUUGGAGCCAAAUACGACGUACUCAUUCCGCGUCUGGGCUACUAAUCAACUCGGACCUGGCGAGAUCGUGGAAGUCGAAGGUCAUACUCAUCAUAGUAUCGAGGAGCUAGAACUCGCCAGGCAUCUACUUGCCGGUGUGGAGAAUUUCGAUACCCGCGUAUGGGUGGCAGCGGUAGGCAUUGUCAUGGGGACCUUAAUGAUCCUCGGUUUAGGGACUUGCUACCUUCUGUACCAUGAGUGCAAGGCACCCUCGCAGCUGGAGGAGCAGGAGGUGAUUGAGCUGGUGCCAAACAUUAUCCUGAAUCCAGGAUUCUUCGACGAGAGGACAGAACGCAUUCCCCAAGAUGAAAAUUCAAAUAAUCAAACGACUACACGACUGAACAACAACACCGUCAUACAACCAAGGCGACUCUAGCGAUUGUUAGACUAAACGAAACUUUUCGUAAUCUCAGUAUAUCACAAAGGCUUACUAAACAAGGAGGAACAACAUCAUCCAAAACACGUAAGCAGCUAGAACACGUACGUACGCAAUUCGUGAUUCUAGUAUCGAGAAGAAUGAAAAAGCUAGAGAUGAUUUAACGAGACAAGACUUUUCGCAAAUUACUUGCGAGGUUUUACAAUUCCUUGUCCACGAAUUUGAAAUUUCACCGAUCGUUACGAACGGAGAUUAUUUCAGUCGCAAUAUAAAGUGUUCAAACUAAAAAAAAAAGAAACUUGUAAGACUCUGCUAGGUUUCUCGAGUGAUUGAAAAUGAGACGAGAAUAGGAAAAAAUGGGACUACAAAGUUUUUCAAAAAAAUAGUUCUCACGGCAGAUGCCACGCACGGUCGUGACAACUCGACAGGCGGUCAAUCCCGUCGUUGACUGAGCUUAUCUCAGAAAAACUUCCAUAACGAAAAGAAGAAAAAAAAAAUCGAAGGGAAUUUAAAAGAUGAUAACACGAAACGUUAGUAAGACUGUAAAACUCUUAUUAGGGAUUCCAAUAUAUUUUAUUUGUUGGAAUUCAUGGAAAUGGUAACUAGAUCCGUCACCAUGACAUUAAUGAAUGUGUCUCGUAUUUCUUGCACAUUCCAGUGAAUCUUACUUCGAUUAUUGUAGAUAUUUUUUUAUACUUAUUUUUGCAAACAAUCGCGAAGUCGCCAAUCGACGGUUGUCCGAUUUUUGGAGGGACGUAAAACGAUGCACAGAUAUCACUAAGGCCAUGGGCGUCGAAAGUGAGAUUUUUUGUAGGUUAACGUAUUACGCUCUUCAGUCAUCAUUAGAUCGACCAAUUGGACAUGACAAAUUCGUAAAAUACUAUUCACUGACAUUUACGUAAUUUAGAUGCGAUCAUUGAUAAACAUUGCUCUCUCAUAAUGCGCAACUAACGUUAAAAGUAUUACUUUCUUUUGUUUUUAAAUUUUAUCAUAAAGUCAUACAUUCAUACAAUACGUGAAAAAUCAAUACGAUUUAUACAAAAUUAUUAUAGUCGGAAAUGCGUUCUGCCCUGCUUGGUACAUAUAAAUGUCGCAACAUCAAUGUACGAAAUAGCACUUUAGUGCUUUGCUACACUAUAACGUAAGCACACUGAGUAAUACUUCCAAGUGAAAUAGAGCAAACUACAAAAUGUCGCUAAAAUUCGAAUAUCAAUUUUCAAAUGUAGCAUGCUUCUUUGGAAUCCUGUUACAAUAUACAUUAACGCUCAUAUGUAUCUAUAGCCAAGUCGUUCAAGCAAUACUCUCUUCAUUCUAGAGUUUUGCACUGCUCUUUGUAAAUCAGAAUGUCCGAUUCCGAUAUGAAUCAAAUUGAAUCCAAAUGAAAUUCAGACAAGCAUAAGCACAAUUUCGCUAAGCAAUUAAUCUGUAAGAAGUAGAUUUGCGAUAGUCAAAAUUUAGAAAGGUGAAAGGCUAGACGUUUAUAAAAAAUAUUAAAAUUAAUUGUCGCGUAAAUAAUAUUAGAUGCAGCACACGCAAAAUUUUAAUUGGGCUCUGAGAAAUUUGUUUAUAUUCAAAAUAUUUCCAAGCUUAAACCUCCACUGGUUUGUACCUAAAUUUAACUGAUUUUAUACCAUAGAACGCUUCAAACGUAUCAAGGAUGGAUAAGACAAAAUGAAAAGAUGGUGCACUAUAAAAAUCGAAUUUAGCUUUCUUUUUUUGGAGAAAACAUGUUUAAGCAAGCUUUUUUCAUAUUCUUAUAAUUUAUCAUCGAACCGCCAUCGCGAUAAAGGGCCCAAUUUUUCCCUUUGGGAAUUUAGAUUGUUAUAAUUUACUCCUACGAAGACUAUGCACGUUUAUUCGCCGCGAAACUUAUUGACGUAAUUGAUGAAGUGUGCGAAAAAGAGAAAAUUAGCCAUGACAGAGAGACUUUACGUAAAGCCUUGAAUAUUCGUAAAUUUCGAAUAACGUCAUAUCAGAACUCUUAAUCGGAUACGACUGUACUGAGUAAAAAAUGUAUAUAAUCCGUCCACGAAUAAAAUAUGUUUUCGAGGGGCCAUCUUAAUAUAAAUUUCAAUGAAAAAGAGUCCUCUAGACUUCACAUUUUAUUAUUGGAUUGAUUAUACAUACAUAGUAUAGUCCUAAAACGUUGCGUUUUUGUUUCUUUUUAAAAAUUAUCAAAAAAUAAAUAAAUAAAUAAAAUAAAGCACCAUAAGAAAUAAACGCAAUGUUUUAAAGGACAAGCAGAGUGCACGAAGCAAGAAGGAGAAAGAAAAAGUCAUUUUUAAAUUUCAUAUUAGUAACCACUUCCAGCCUUUGCGGUAUUCCUCGCGUUUUCAAAAGUCAAAAGCAAACAAAGCAUAGAUACAAAUCAGCAUACACUUUUCAUCCUGAGAGUUAAUGUUUCGUAUUUUGAAAAUAUGCGGAAUACUAUAUCGCCAUUAUUAUAAUCACGCGUAGUCAUUAAUAUGUAAACGUGGAUACGUGCUUAGGAUUUAUCAUAGAUACAUUUCACUGACAGGACCAUCUUCACCCCCAAGAGUAACUUUUAAUGCGAAUAGAUUUUAAACGGAAAAGAUACUACAACAAGAAAAAUCACGCGUCAGAUCUUAGGAUCAAUAUCCAUGAUUAAAUGAUUUCUAAAUUGUAAUUAUAUACUUAAGGCAAACUCAUCGUAUAAUAAAUUACAUUCCGUUGAUACGUGACACUUAUGCCAUACGGUUAGGUAUGAAUCUGUUAUGAUUAAAAAUACGAAAGUAACUGCUUAAAACACAAAGGCAUAAUAAUUAAACACGAAAGCUCGCUCCUGUCAGAGAAUAAUUAAAAAUGUGAAUCGCGAUAAUUUGGUGCACGCAGGUUGUAUAAGAAUUGGUUGUGCGUUGUUACGUAGAAGCUUUUGCGAUCGGUUUCUCCUGUCCCGGUAACGCUUUCUUAAAGAAAGGACAAAAACAAGUAAUGAUCGAUUAAUGAUAGCAAGAGAGAAAGAAAGAAACAAAAAUUUUGGAUAAGGGUUAACGUGGAUGGGGGACUAAAACAGAUACGUUACAGCUUCGUACUAUGCACUCUGUGUUGUGAAUGGUAAAUAUUUAUUAUACACGCUGAUAAGAAGAAAACAAAAGAAAAUAAUUAUAAUACGAUACGAUAAUAAUAACAAUAAUAAUUAAUAUAUAUAUAUAUGAACAUAUAUUUAUAUAGCCGAGGCAUCGUAAUAUUUUAGCUAUAAGCAAAGACAAUUUUUUAUAUAUAUAAAAUGCUGAGACGCGAUAUGGUGUAAUAUUUAUCUGUAUAAUAUUCGUAUAGUCAUGAUUUUAUCCUACGAUGAUAUAUUGAGCUUCGUGAGCGGUUUGUUCCACUUGCUCACAAUUUAUUGUUAAAUAUGUUCCUUCGAUUGUCUUUCGUUUCUUCCGUUUCAUUUCGAAGAGUCGUACAGUUUCUCUAUUCAUGCUGAGAGGUUUUGCAAGACCUGUUUACCGUAAUAAGUGAAAUACAACAGUAUAUAGUGGCCUAUUGCCCAAGAAAUACUGUUAAAAUUUCUAUUAGAUUUUUGUAACUGAUACGACUCUGCAUUUUAAAAAAAGAAAGCACAAAUAUUAUGUUCGAACAUACUGCGCUUACAUUGUAGUAGUAAUAGGGGUAGCGUAUCAACGUCCAAAUAUUGUUUUUGAAAGUGAGUGACAAAGGAGAUGAGAAUUUUGAAAAGUUUAAAUUUCAAAUGUAAUUUUGUAUUUUGUCAAAUUUGCAAACUUUGAAUUCUGUAUUGUAAUACUAAAAUUUGAGAUUUAAUCAGUAACGUAAAGAAUAUUCUGUUGCUUUCUGAUUUGUCAAAAUGAACUUGUUUGAUGAUAGCUAGUAUGAAUCUGCCUAAAUAUUAAUUUCGAAAUUUUAUUUAGGCGAAAAAAAAAACAAGAUACUUCCACACGUUCUAUACGAAUGUGCCUAAAAAUUGGCAAUAUUAAGGAAAAAUGAAAUCGCACGUCUUUCAUGUAGAAACUAGUGAAGUAUCAUACAUUUUUACCCAUAGAUUUCUAUGUCGCUCACACGUGUUUCGAUUUACUUCAACUUUCAGUUUUAAUGUAUGGUACUUGUUAUUCAAAUUACCACGAUAUUGGGGAAAUUGCGAGUUUAAUUCCUGCGAUAAUCCUUAUGCAUUAACCAAGCAGAUGGCAGCCAAUCCGUAGUUUAGGUUACUUGGUAAUUAAAAUAUCUGAAGCCUUGUAGUAGUUUGCAAAGCUGUUUAGUAGAAAAACUAGUCCUUUUACAUGUCCGUCGUUUGUUAUUUACUGUACUUUUAUUAUAUAGUAUAAAAGGUAGCAAAUAACAAAAAGCCCAUAGAGGCCCAGUCCUGCACCUAGGAUCCUAUAUUAGGACACUCUCCAGAAUCACUUUGGCACGGCUUUAUAGAUAUAAUUACAUUCACGGAAUUCUUUGCUACUAAUAAAAAUGACAAUGCAAUCGAGCUACGACGUGCGUUGUAACGUGCAUAAAAUAAAUGCUCUUUUUCAUAACACGCGACACAAGAAAAGAUAUCGGUGAAUGUACGCACACUGAAUAAUUCUAGUAAUAAGCAUUUAAUAUUAGACCACCUUUUUUAUUACAUUUAUUAGAAAGAUUUAAAUCGAGGGAGUGCGAGUAAGGAAUCUCUUGGGCGAUUAUGGCAGUGAACAAUUUGUGAAAUUUUAUUGGUACGACUGACGCGUGGGAUUCGAAAAGAAUGGUAGAACAAUCGUUAAAAAAAAAGAAAACGUCAAGUCGAAUUUUAGGUUAAACUCCGCUUUGUGCCAUUUAGCGAAUCGUCUCUUGUCUUGUAACGUAAUUGUUUAACAAAUUGUCUUCUCAGUUCUCCCUCCGUAUUCUCGCACAAUUAUAGUCGCUUUAAAGGUAUUUGCUAUAUUCUAUUUAUCUGAAUCAGCACGCAUAAAGAACACAACACGCGAGUACAUUAACGUUAUAUGUACACGCAUAUUUAUACACACUAUACUCACAUCCGUGAAUUCGUAUUAUUAUUAUUAAGUAAGCACAAUACCGUAGAAUAGUGUUAUGGUUGCUGGUGGCACCAUUCGAUCGUCCCCAACAUACAUAUUGCCUGCCUAUUGUCAUACCAAAAUGGAUUUAAAAAAAGAUAAAGAUACAACUGAAGCGAUUUUUACAAAAGAAAAAAGGAAGAAGAAGAAAGUGACAUUAUAAUGUAUUUUAGAAUCUCGUAUGGACGGUAUCGAUUUAAUGGGACGUGCGUUAAUUUACAUUUGUUAAUAGAGCUUCGUUACUUUAUUUAUUUUUCUCUUUGGUUUCUUUUUGUAAAAAACGCUGCAAUUGUCAUAUUCUACUAUAUUAAUAUGGUUAGUGCUAGUUUUAUAUCCUUGCGAGUAACGCGGCGAUUCUGCGCAUGCGCAUUGUCUAACAUCUAAUUCAAACGGGAAUUAGGAAAACAAGGAUAUUAUUGUUAGUGAUUUUAUGCAAAGCUGCGAUAACGAUUAAUGAGUAAAUCCUAUGUGGUAUGGGUAUAAUAUACAACGUAUAUAUAUUUUUUAUUUUAUUGAGCAAUCAUUGCGAUUAUCAUUGUAGUCAUUUUGUUUCUUGCUUAUUGUUUCACACUUUAUCCUUCUUUGAUAUGCGCGUAUCAGGUUACGUUGCAAAUUUAAUGAAUUUCUAUCUUGCCCAGUGGUUCAUACCUUACUUCCUUUUGAAUUAAUAAUCGAAAUAAAUUUAACAGGCGCGUGAACGUAAACCAGAGCACUGAUUUAAUUGGUAUUGCUGAUGCGGUCGUUUAUUUUCUUCGUUGAAGUUAUAUUCCAUAUGGUCGUUAUUGGUUGGCUUAUUGUUCCUUGUACCGUUUAUGUUUAUUUAAAUAGGUUUAACGUAGAAGUCACGUUCCGUUGUUCACUUUACUUGUUUUUACGUUAUACUUAGCAACACAAUUUAUUUACACAAUAUUUAAGCACGCUUACUAAAGACAUUACUCUACCUGUGAAUUAUUACGAUAUUGCCUUUGAGAGUGAGGAUAUAUUUUAUUUACAGAAUAAUUAUUAACGUCCGAUGAUCACUGAAUGACCGACGCCCAAUUUGGCUAAGUGAAUUUUUCAGAGUCUUUGAUUUGUUAGUUCAAAUAAAUUGUUUUAACUUUACUUUACGUUAGGCAUUCAUAAAGAUUUUAUGUAUCAAUAACAUACAUAAUUAUUCGAGAUCUGAUUCUUUCAUUGACGUGCGUAUCUAACAAUGACAAUGAUACUCGGAUGUUCACAUUUUAUUUAUUAAAAAUAAACGAAAAAGAAAUGGUGUAAACGCCAAGUACAAAAAUGUCUUCUGUAUCAUUCUCUCCAACUAUAAAUACGGAAGUGUGACACUCCUAUCUUAAUUGAAAAAUUCUUUAUUGUAUUUUUCUGAAUGAAAUGAAAGAAAGUAAUCACGCGUGUGAGUAACUAUCAGCGCUUUGUGUUACUAGGAUCACACUAUUGCAAUACAUUCGAUGACAAACCUUAGGAACAUAUCAGGAAGGAUACUACGUACUCAUUUUUCUCAUGUUAUCAUUACAGCACGGAAUCUCUGUUUAGAUUUGUACCUAUCAUCAAUACUAUAUAUUAGAACGUAUUAUGCAAUAUUGACACGUACUACAACUUAAAAUGGUUGUUUAUUUUAAGGCAUGCAUAUUAAUCAGAGAGUGAGACAAAUGGGGUUGUGAAUUCAAUGGACAGUCAUUUUUGAAAAUCAAAUUGCCGUAGAGGAGACUACUAAGGAUAUUUUUAAGAGAUCGAUCUUGUUUUGUUUUAUUAAUAAUUAUUUCAUGGUGUUGUUAGAGUAUCUUAAUGAUGAAUAAGGUUGUACUUUCAUUGGUGAUGGCUCUUACGUACUGUGGCAUAGACUUUUUCUUGUUGCAUAAUCAGAUGAAUUGUUGUACCUGAGCAGGAAAAAGUGGAUCUUAUGUUUGCAACUCCUCCGCUGCAAUUUGAUUAUCGAAUACAAUCAUAAUAACAGAGUAUAGAGAACAUUGUUUAAGGACAGUCAGAGAGUACCAAGAAAAAAUAAUGAAAUAUAAAGAAGUAUCACUUAUUUCGUUCGACAGUAAUGUUAAUCUAAUGAUUAUAAAACUUACUGUUUCCAUCAUAAUAUAAUAUUGUACACGACCACUGUAUUUUCAAUGACAUUAUAUCUAAUACUUGUAUCUUUUGGUCUACCUUUUGUCAUUGUAAUCGCUAUGUAAGGCAAGUUAAUAAUGUCGAUUGAGUUAUAAGAAUUUAUUUAAAAAGAUUAUCACAAAUAUCGAUACAAUAAACACACAUAAUUCUUUGGAAUAUCAUAGA